GAUCUCAACACAUAUUGUGGUUGAGAUUCAACCCCUCAUAUUGUCCCACUGUCACUGCAAAGUAAAUAGAAAAAAUAAAAAUAAAUAAAAAGCACUAAAUUCUCUAAUUAACCCCAUUAUAACAACACUCCUUUGUCCCCUUUUCUUCUUCUUUAAUAUUCUCUCCGUCCAAUUCCACCGGAAAAAUCUUUCCCCUUUCAAACACUCGUCUACUUAUCAAACAAGUUAUCCACACACACACACAUAUAUAUAUAUGCACAAAACUUAUUAAUCAUACUAGUACUAAUUACUAGCCUAUUUCUAUCGUAGUUUGGGCUUGUGUUGUAAUGCUUGCCGUGUCACCAUUGAGGAACACCACCAGAGAUGAAAAGCAAGGAGCGGUGGAGAGCAAUUUCUCGAUCAACGGCUUUGGCGGCGGCGGCGGUGAUGGAUUCCCGGACUUUGCUGACUCGAACCUUCUCGACAGCAUCGAUUUCGACGACCUUUUCAUCGGCAUCAACGACGGCGAUGUCUUGCCCGACUUGGAGAUGGACCCGGAGAUCCUCGCCGAAUUUUCUGCCAGCGGCGGCAAGGAGUACUCCGACGUGAAGACGUCGGUAUCGGUGGAAAGAUCGGCUGAUGAGCAUAACAGUACGAAGAAAGAGGAAGAUAAGAUUUCGGGAUCGAAUUCGAGACCAACUAGCAGUAAAAAUGAAGAGAGCAGUACUGUAACAGUGCAGAAUCCGAUAUCGACUACGGCGGCGGUGGCAGCGAAGACGAAAGAAGGCGAAAAAGGAGGUAAAAAGACGUCGGCAUCGUCGACGGCACAGUCGAAGAAUUCUCAAGGGAAAAGAAAAGUGAAGGUGGAUUGGACGCCAGAACUUCACAGGCGGUUCGUGCAGGCAGUGGAGCAAUUAGGGGUGGAUAAGGCAGUGCCUUCACGGAUUUUAGAGAUUAUGGGAAUCAAUUGUCUCACUCGCCAUAACAUUGCUAGUCAUCUCCAAAAAUAUCGGUCACAUCGGAAACAUUUGCUGGCGCGUGAGGCGGAGGCGGCAAGCUGGAGCCAGAAGCGGCAAAUGUACGGGUCGGCGGCGGUGGCAGCGGGGAAGAGGGAUGUGAGCCCAUGGCCGGCGGUGGCACCCACCAUGGGCUUCCCUCCCAUGACACCACCACCACCGGUACCACCCAUGCACCACCACCACUUUAGACCCUUACACGUGUGGGGCCAUCCCACAAUUGACCAAUCCCUUAUGCACGUGUGGCCCCCGAAACACUUACCCCACUCCUCCAAUCCCCCGCCGCCGCCUCCUCAAGCAGCCUGGCCGCCGCAUCCUCCACACCCGGACCAUUCCUACUGGCACUCACCCCACCAGCGUAAUUUUCAAACAAACAUGAUCAACUACAGCAACGUUGACAACGUUGAAAAUCGGAUGAGAGGCACAGUUCCCAAUGCACUAACCCCAGGAACGCCGUGCUUUCCACAACCACUGGCUACAGCCGCGAGAUUUGCAACUCCACCGGUCCCAGGGAUUCCACCACCCCAUGCCAUGUAUAAAGUAGACCCCGGCAUUGGUAGACUCACCACUGGACAAUCUGGCCCCCACCCUCUUUUCGACUUUCUACCGUCAAAAGAAAGCAUAGACGCAGCUAUUGGAGAUGUUUUAGUGAAACCAUGGCUGCCACUUCCACUGGGCCUAAAACCUCCUUCGAUUGACAGCGUGAUGGUGGAACUCCAACGACAAGGAGUCCCAAAAGUACCACCCUCCUGUGCUUGAUCGCUAACCCAUCAAAACUUUGCCGAGCAAAAAUGGCAGUUAAUGUCUUGUGGUGUCUUCAUCAAGAUCCAGGAAAACCCUAAAUUUGACGACAUGUCCUUUCAUAGAUGCACAAAUCUAAUGAGAUUUUUCCUUUUUUUUUUUUUUUUCGGGUUCGAUCGGUCAUCUUCUUGUUCUUCACAAAAUUAUUUAAGUAUUAAAUAUUAUGUAUAAUAUUAGUACGAACCCGUUCGUUCGUGAAUAUCAGUUUGUCCGCUGUCAAUCUGAUCUUCAUAACUAAAUGAUUUUUGUACUGGCACUAUUAAUGAUUCAUAUAAGAA